GUUGAAAGCCGUUGAAUUUGCUUCUCUCAUGGGUUGAAGCCAUGGGGAGCGGUGCAUCAACCGCGGAUCCGAAGAAGCGGAUCGAAGAGGUUGAGAAGCAUUGCGCAGGAAAGAAGAUAGGGAGUGGCAAAGAUGGUUUAGACGAGAUGAAGCAAUGCUCUGAGGAGCUGAAGGUUGCAAUGGACGCGGUUGCAGAGAUGAGCAGCCCAGAUCUGCAGCUCAUCGACCGAAUUGGCUUGGCCAGUGACAUAAUUUUCUCCAAUCUUGACAGCAGAAUCAAUCUGGAGCUCGUGCAGCUUGAGGAUGCCUCAGAGAUCUACAAGGUGAUGAUAGAAACGGCCGAGAACUUGGACAAGUGCCGCGCAAGCCCGAUCGCACCGAAGAUCAAAUCCAAAUGGAAGGAGGCUGAGCAAGGGAAAUACGCAAUUCUGGUUCGAGACUUGGCCGAGCUGGUGAAAGGAGUCAGUGACAUUGCCAAGUUGCCGGAGGCCCUUGAUGGCGUGGUUCAGAAGAUGGACGCACUGUUGGUAGGGGUCUCGAAAGAUCUGGCGGAAAAGGCUUUGGUACAGUGCUCUGGUUUUUCCACCGCAAAGUUUCAGAAAGGCUUCCCGGGACUCUUGCAAAAAGAGGGGCCCGAGCUCCUCGAGCAAGUGCGCUCUCCGAUUGCCCAAUUUGACACCGCAGGGAAGCAACUGUCAAGCGUGGCGGAGGGUAGCUGGGAGGAUUUGGCGCCCACUGUGGAGAAGCUGACUGCGCAGGUCAGCUCUCACAUGGUGAAGCUUCACCUACAGCAAGCUGCAGUCGAGCUAGCACAAGACCACUUUGCUGAGUCCCAAGCCCCACUGGCUCAGAUGCAACGAUGGUGGCCGCAUUCCCAAGGAAGCGACGACCAUGCCGCUUUGGAAGAGAGCUUGGCGAAAGUCUUCGCCCUGGCAGACGAGAGAGCACUGGCGGCCGAGGGUGACAUCUCCGACUUUGUGACAUCGUUGGAUGAACUUCGGAGCACCUUGAGCGUGCCCGGUGAGCCGCUGGCGGCGCGGCGGGCAGCAGCCAAGGCCCUGGGGCCGCUGAAGGGCCUUGAAGCGGAGCUGGCGAAGGAGUCUGAGCAGAGCCUUUCUGCAAUGCUGAAGUCUUUGCAAGAGAUGUCGGCAACAAUUGACACGAUUGCAGAAGCUGAAGGGCUACAGGCCACGCUAUCCAGUUUGGAAGAGUUUUUGCUGAAGCAAAGCCAGGACUUACAAUCCCAGCCGGACGAGGUCAGUGCAGUAUGUUUGGUCGAUGAAACGGCAAUGGAGUUAAGCGUUUGCUGUAUGGAUGAUAUUGUGACGGAAACUGCCCGCUGCUUCGAUGAAUUCCGCUCGAAGCUCCCUGCAGAGGGCGAAAGCAGCGAAGCAUUGCUACCUCGAGUACAGGUGUCCCUGACCACUUGCAGCCUUACGCGUGCGAAGGAGGAGCUGUGCAAAGAACAUGGCCUCAAUCCUGCAUUGGUGCUGGAGCUGGUAAAGCGUGCGGGAGAAACCUCUUCAGAGCCGUCGGAAGGAGAGAUGUCGACCUCCGCUAUGUUGCAGGAAGUUGCAGAAAAGACUUGUGAGCGAAUGUGCGAGUCCUUUCGAACAGCUCUGGCUGAAGGCCAAGAAGCAAAAGUCCAAGGAUUGCUGAAGUUUGCACAAACCUUCGAUGCAGCCUGCGUAGGAGCCAAAGGCACCUCUGAGAUCGAGCAAAAGCUCAAGGAGAUUCAAGCAGAGGCUGUAGAGGCAGCGGCAGAGACUGCAGAGGCAGCGCCAGAGGUGCCAGAAUCACCAGAGGUGCCCGAGGCGCCAGAGGUGCCCGAGGCGCCGGAGGUGCCGGAGGCAGAAGCUGAGUCAGAAGAGCACACAACUGCUGCUCCGAAAAUUUCUGAGAUGGAGGAGAUGCUGUCGCAGGAAAGUGGGAUGAACCCAAAUGUCAUCCUGAAGAAUCUGACCGAGCUUGUGCCCUUGUGGCCUUCCAUUCCUGAGCUCGCAGACCGUCUCAAAGCUGUUUUGGAAACUCUGCAGCAGCGCAUGGCCACGGCCUGUGCCACUGCGAGUUCUGAGGAUCAGGAGGCCAAGCUAAAGGCUUUGCUGGCAUUUGGCCACAAAGUCCAUGAGCUGCAACAUAGCAUGGAUGACUGUGCCCCUGAAUUCUUCUUUGCAGUGUGCUCUGCCGGUGCAAAUCAGGACCUCACAGAUGCCGAGAAUGAGCUUGGCAAGGAAAGUGGAAUGAACCCGGUGAAGGUGCUGACGAAUAUCAGAAAUUUGAAGCUCUAUUGGCAGGCCUUGGGAAGCAAUGCCGAAGCAUUACAUCAACGACUUGGUGCUAUGUGUGACCUGAUGCGGUCUCGUAUUAUGACCUCCUACGAAGAGAAUCCCGAAAAGCGGCCCAACCUCGUGAAGUUCUCAGCUGCCUUCGACACAGCCAUCAAUGGCUUGGCUGGAGCAGGCGAAGCAGAUUUGACGGCACGACUGAAAGAAAUGGGUGAAUGAAGGCACAAGUGCCUGAUCUCAUGCCAGUCAGAGCCGUUCCGUGAGCCUUUUCUUUGGCAUUUCCUCCUCAAGGAGAAGUGCAAAAUCCAAGAUGCUGUCAUAGUCAGAAGUCAGAAGAUUGUGUCCAGCUGCGGCUGAAAGCGGCAGCAUUUUCCGCAUCUCACUUGAUUGGCUUUGACCAGCGUCUUCGAUGUGUG